UAGAGGAGCAUCCCGGAAGUGUAACACGCGAGUGGGGACAGCAGGUCUAGCAGUGCAGCGGUUCUAUUGGAGUAAAGAUGCCUCGCUACGCGCAGCUUGUAAUGGGUCCCGCUGGCAGUGGGAAGAGCACGUAUUGUUCCACCAUGGUCCAGCACUGUGAGGCUCUGAAUAGAUCUGUCCAGGUGGUUAAUCUGGACCCUGCAGCUGAGUAUUUUGACUACCCUGUAAUGGCUGAUAUCAGGGAGCUUAUUGAAGUUGACGACGUGAUGGAAGAUACUACAUUGAGGUUUGGGCCAAACGGAGGAUUGGUGUACUGUAUGGAGUAUUUUGCCAAUAACUUUGACUGGCUGGAGAGCUGUUUGGGUCACACAGAAGAUGAUUACAUCCUGUUUGAUUGCCCAGGUCAGAUUGAACUGUAUACUCAUCUCCCAGUCAUGAAGUACCUGGUGGAGCAGCUUCAGCAGUGGGAAUUCAGAGUGUGUGGAGUUUUCCUUGUAGAUUCUCAAUUCAUGGUCGAAUCCUUUAAGUUUAUUUCCGGAGUUAUGGCUGCACUCAGUGCUAUGAUCUCCCUGGAGAUUCCACAAUGUAACAUCAUGACCAAGAUGGAUUUGUUAAACAAGAAAGCUAAAAAACAAAUUGAGAAGUAUUUAGAUCCAGACAUGUAUUCCAUGAUUGAAGAUUCCUCUAGCCGGCUGAGAAGCAAGAAGUUUAAAAAACUGACAAAAGCCAUUUGUGGAUUGAUUGAUGAUUACAGCAUGGUUCGAUUCCUACCUUUUGACCGAUCUGAUGAAGAAGGUAUAAACAUUGUGCUACAGCAUAUAGAUUUUGCAAUCCAGUACGGAGAGGACCUGGAGUUUAAGGAGCCCAGGGAAACCGAGCAGGACACAUCUCCAAACUUUGAUGAAUUCUUCCAAGACCGAGCAGAUGAGGAGGAAUAACGAAGCCUUACAAGUUUAGUGAACUGCUUUGAGUGAGCCAUUUGGAUUUU